UCUUCUUUCCAGUGAUGUGAGGAAUAACAAUGACUAAAAUGACCAAUAUACCCCUCCUGAUAUUUAUUAUAUAUAGAAAAAUAAAAAGAGAAACCUGAAACCCUAGCUGCUGCUAGCAUUUGAGACGAUGACAAUGUUCAUGAAGAUGGAGAAGUGUACAUGCUCCCAUCGUCGCCAUGCCCAUGUAAAUUUAGCAAGCAGAAGAGCGAAGAAAUCCAUUCUUAAGAGAAUAAAAGCUAAUCUUGCUAUUACCAACACACAAAAGUUAAGCAAUGGAGAAGAAGAAGCUAUCAAAAAAUUCAAUCUUUCCAGAUGCCAACACAAGAAGAAGAAGAAGAAUCAAAUUUGCAAAGGGAAGAGCCCUUCAAAUGACCAGAUGGAGAUUCAUCAGGUCCCAACAAUUCAUUUCCAAGAGGAAAUAAUGAUGGACAUCCUCCGCAGGUUACCUAUGCGCUCUAUUCUUCGCUUCAAAUGUGUUUCAAAAUUUUGGAAAUCAUUAAUUGACGAUCCUUACUUUAAGAGGACACAUUAUAUUCAUAACAGGGAUAACCAAAAUUCCAAAAAAGUUCUUAUUGCCGAAUCGUUACUUACCAAGGAUGAUACCUUUAGCUUCUAUACUUCCUCUUUAUCGAUGGUUGAGGAUAAACAAAAGCUUGAUUGGCCUACGAGCUGUAAUCCAAUGGAUACUAGAAUAUUUUGUUCUUGUGAUGGAUUGGUUCUUAUUCGUGUUUGUUCUGAAAUGGGCUAUGAAGAACUUUUUUUGUGGAACCCGUCCACAAGAGAAUCAAUACUACUUCCCCAUCUAGAAUUUCGAACAAAGCAUUAUGUAUUUGGCAUGGAAUAUGAUGCAACUAGUGAAUGCUAUAAGAUCCUUGCAGUUAACCUGAACGUAAAAGCAAGUAUCAAUACUUCGAUUGAAAUUCUCUCUCUAAAAAGGAACAGUUCCUGGAGAAGAAUUGAUUAUCCUACUGACAUUGAGCGGAUUCGAGGUUUUAGGGAUUGUGGUACGAAUAAUUUGGCUUUUCUACAUGGAGCAUUUCAUUGGCUUGGUAAGUCAGCUUCUGGAAAUUAUACUACCGUUUCAUUAAAUAUUUCAAAUGAGGUGUAUGGAGAGGUAUCGUUAUUGAAGCAAAUGUAUGAUCUAUGUCCCCUGUACUUCUUCGUCGAUCAUGGUGUUUCAGUAUUGAGAGGAAUGCUUUGCUUUUAUUCUACAUAUAACAAUAUAUCGAGGAGCACUAAUGGCAUUUUUAAGUUGUGGGUAAUGAAGGACUAUGGUGUGAGGGAAUCUUGGAUUAUCUUUAUUAAAAUACAAGAUAUCGAUCUUUUUCUUUCAGCCCGACCAAUGUAUAUGUUUGCGGAUUGUGAAGUGUUACUACACUUCCAACGUUUUGCAUAUUUUAGUUCUAAUUUCACGACAAGUGGAAGACCAUUUGAUUUAUGCCCUGAAUGUGAUACUAUUAAGCGAGGAAUUGUUUAUGCAGAGAGCUUCAUCUCACCUACUUCACUGCUUACUUAG